GCGGGCUUCUGUCCUGGCCUUAAAGGCCCCGGGAGACGCGGGGCUGGUGCUGCUGGGAGCCGCGGGGCCCGCUCCGGGGCGCGUGCCUCGCAUUUCUCCUUGUUCCCACGCUGUCCUGCGCGCGGCCGGACACACAGGGUCGCCAGCGAGCGACAGCGAGACAGCCCUGCAGACGCCCCCUCCUGCUGUGAGGUGGGGGCACCGCCUGCCGCCGAUGACCGAGCCGUGCACCCCAGCACCCUCCCUGGCCAAGCUGCUCUCGGCCCCCUGCGCCCGGGCGCUGAGCGGACAGAGCCGCAGAGACUCCUCGUGGAAGUGCUUCUGCUUGGCGUCUGUUAGCGGACAGAAGCUGUGGCACCAGCAGCAAAGCAUCCUGGCAGAGUCACCAAAUGCCCUACCCAGCUGACACCUGGAGACACCAGGCUCUACCAACCGGAGGACUGAACCAACCUGAUUCUUACCCGCUUUUCUACCCAGAGAAGCCCAUCCGUCCAGGCCUCCUCCGCCCCUCCUUCACGCAGUAUUGUGUGACCCGGGCUGUUUUACAAAGGUUUCUGUCUGCCAAAGCGAGCUCCACCCGCCCGUACGUCCCUGCGGAUCCAGGCGGUACCCGACCCACGCACCUGCAGCUCACACCUCCCUGCCAGGCUGUGGGUGAAGGGACCUGCAAGGAGCCAUGGACAAGUGUCACCUGUGGCCCUCGGGGUGGCCGCUAUGCUGGAUACGGCUGCGACGCGGCCCCUCAGGAAGCCCUGGUGUCUCCGGCUUUCUCAUGGAGACCCGGAGUUGGUGGUGGCCAGCUGCCCGGCCUCCCUCGGAGAUGAGCUCCUCAGCACUAUAAAGGGACACUUCCAGGUGCAAGUCCAGGGGUGCUGGGCUCUGUGGGGCUGAGACGCGCAAGGAGGAGAACUUCCAAAGGAGGAGGGGCGCACUCCGAGUCAGAGCGGUCACGCCCGCGCCACUUUGCGAAUGUCCCGAAGCCUAUUGAGGUCACAGUAAGCUGAUCUCAGUUACCAAGAGAAAAAAGGCCGGGUGUGCUGGUCUACACCCGUAACCCCACACUCUGUGAGGCUAACGCAGGAGGAUCGCAAGUUCGAGCCUAGCCUGGGCAGCUUGACUUAACAAGACUCUGUCUCAAGAUUAAAAAAUGGAAAAAUGGCUGAGGAUGUGGCUUAGGGUGAAGGCCCUGGGUUCAAUUCCCAGCGCUGAAGAAGAGGGGUGGAGGAGACGGAAGGAGGGAAGGAGAGAGAGACAGACAGACGGACAGACAGAGAAAGGCAAAGGCCAGGAAUAGAAACACACUGCAACUCUUGGGAAGCGGAGGCAGGAAGGUUGGGAAUUUGGACUAUGUGGUGAGAUCCUGUCUCAAAAGCAGAGAGAAAACUACCCUUGCUCUUACUCUUCUUUCCGGGCUAAAAAUUUACAGCAGGAACGCAAGGGGGCGCUCCAAAACCCACUACCUCCCCUGGCUUACAAGAGCGCCCCCCAGUGGUGGGUCACGGGGAAAUCAAGCGCCCACGCUCUCCUCUGGCCCGGGUGCUGGCAGCCGCUGGCAUAGGAAGUCCAGAGGUCCCUGCGGCCCCUGCGGCCCCUGCGGCCCCUGCGCCCCCUGGGACAGGGCUAGGGUGUCUGAGGGUCCCGCAGAGGGCCCUAGCCUCAGAGAACUGCGGGUGGGGUGUGGGGCGGGCUGGGUGUUGGGGUGCCAGCUCCCGGUUUUCAGGCCUCACCCCUGAAUAGGGAAGCCCGAACUGAGGGGUUGGGGAAGCAAUCACCACCAGGAUAAAAAUAGCAAACAAAUCCGAGACGGCCCAAUCUGUACAAAGGGGAGAUUUCUUCUCAGCGCUGCUCGCCGCUCUGCUGACGGGGCAGUUCAGCUCCCUGCGGCCUCAGUUCUGCGGAUUCCCCAGCCGCCAGCCCGGCUCUUUAGCUGGAGCAUCAGAGCCGUUUCCUAACUUGGGACAGGUGGCCAGCUCCUGCUCGGGAGCUUUCCUCCAUCCCUCAGUCACUAUCGAGAGGGAUAAUUACCCUGGGAUAAUUACCGAAUUCAUGCACGCAUGUAGCUUAGCCACUGUUUGUGGGGUCCCUGUAAGUGGGGUGUGCUGCUGUAUCCCCGACUGUGUCACUUUCAGUCUCCCUGCAGUUCCCCGGCAUGAAACUCACUGGGCAGAUGAUAAACUGAGUCACAGAGACGCGCCAGUCUCAUGACCUGUCUGAAAGGUCGUACAAGUGAGGCGUGGUAAUCCCAGCACUCAGGAAGCUGAGGCAGGAGCGUGAGUGUCUGAGGCCAGCCUGGGCUACAAACAGAGUUCAAAGCCAGCCUGAACUGCAUAGUGAGACCCUCCUUCUCUCAAAACAAAUGAAUAAAUCAUCGUACAGACCUGGAAUUCUGGACCCAUGAGGCAGGGCAGUUUCGCACUCCAUAGUGCCCCACACGAUAUACUGGGUGCCGUCUGACAGAAGCCAGGGCCAACAGGGGGAAGCCCCUCUGGUAUUAUUGAGAUGCAUGAAAAUUCCCUCCUGGGCCUUCAGCCCAGAGAAGUGAGAGUUCCUCAGGUCCAUUUGCUGCAGGGAUACAUUCUUUUAUUUUUUUAUGAGGGGAGGUUGAGACAGGGUCUCGCUAUGUAGCCCAGGCUGGCCUCAAACUUGAGGCCAUCCUCCUGCCUCAGCCUCCUUAGUAGUGGGAUUACAGGCAGGCACCACUGUGCCCAGCUCUUGCCUGGAAACUUUCACAGAUAUAGGUAACUGGUAUCUCCCGCAUCUCCAGCUAAGAAUGGGGACAGGGCCAGUUUCCUUGUGACAUCCAGACCGAUGAGAAACUCGGCUCUGGUCCUAAGGAUUGUGGGAAGGAUGUUUUCCCCAUCCAAAGAUCCCCCCCCCACAAAGAGCACUGGCUUCUAGCCCACCCCAAGGCUCAUGGUCACUGUCUCAGGGGCAGCCACUCGCCACAGGUGUUGCCAGAAUUGAGUCAUGAAAUAAAGUUUACAACUCAGUCCUUCCCA